CCCCCAGCACGGAGGCAGCACCCCCCCCUUCUCUCUCUCUCACAUACACACACGCGAGCAGCAUCUCCCGGCGAGAUCUGCGUCCUCAGGAGGCAUCCGGGGAAGGGGAAGGGAAAUCCCCGAUGAGAGAGUGACUUGUGGGGUUUUAUUAUUACUAUUUUUUUAGGGAGGUUAAAUCGGGGCAAACUCCCUUGUUCUUCAGGGAGAGCUGGUCCCCUCCCCUCCCCCACCAAGUCCCCUUUAAAACCCCGCGCGAGGAAGACCUGGAAGGACCCCACGGAUCCGGAGUGACCCUUGGAUAUUAAACCGGAGCGAGGGAGGACUCGGGAAGGCGAUCCCACCCCGGCUGGUCACCGAAUGGACCAGCAGCCCAGCGCCAGGAGCUGCAGCCGGGGUGCCCCAGCCUGCGAGGCCGUCCCGAACGAGCCCUCCAUGAAUCUGUACAUCAACACCACCACCGGGACCCGUUAUGAGCUCUCCGUCCCCGUGGAAGAGACGGUGGAAGGACUGAAGCGGAGACUGUCCCAGAGGCUCAAAGUGCCCAAGGAGAGGCUGGCUCUCUUGCAUAAAGAAAGUCGGCUCAGUUCUGGAAAGCUGCAGGAUUUGGGGGUCGUGGAAGGAAGCAAACUGACGCUUGUCCCCACAGUGGAAGCUGGCUUGAUGUCUCAGGCAUCCAGACCAGAACAGUCAGUGAUGCAGGCUCUGGAAAGCUUAACUGAAACUCAGGUCAAUGACUUCCUGUCAGGAAGGUCCCCGCUGACGCUGGCCCUGCGGGUCGGCGACCACAUGAUGUUCGUGCAGCUCCAGCUGGCAGCUCAACAGAGUGGGGGGCAGCUCCAGCAUCGGCAUGUCAUCGCCAGCCGGGGGGAGCCUGGGGCAGCGGCCGGCCCCACCCCCCAGUGCAGGACGCUGCACGGAGGGACCAGCUCCAACUUCGCCCGCAUCCCCGUGGUGCCCACCUGCCAGCAGAGCCCCGCCCCCAGCCCCGCCCCCUCGGCACAGGCCACACCCAUGUACUGUAACGCCGCCCACCCCGCCCCCGUCACAGCCGGGAUGUUCCGGUCGCAUGGGGCCAGCACGCAAACGGUUAACAGCAGCGUCGUCUCCUCCUGCUCAGAGGUGGACUGUAGCGCCCGGAGUAACAAUUCUGCCGGCAGCAACCCAGCCCCAACAAGCCGAUCCCGCAAACCUGGCGCAGUCAUAGAGAGCUUCGUUAACCACGCUCCUGGGGUCUUCUCAGGGACCUUCUCUGGCACUUUGCACCCCAACUGCCAGGACAGCAGCGGGCGGCCCCGGCGUGACAUCGGCACCAUCCUUCAGAUCCUCAAUGACCUCCUGAGCGCCACGCGGCACUACCAGGGCAUGCCUCAGUCCCUGACGCAGCUGCGGUGUCAGACGCAGUGCGCCCCCUCCUCGCCCCCGCCCUCCCCGGACCCCGCCAGCAAAACUACCUCAGAGAAGCUGACGUCCGCGACCGCCGUGGCCUCGCCGCCCCUGCACUCCGUGGUCCAGUGCCAGAGCCAAAUCAGGAUGUGCAAGCCCAGUGCACCCGGGCAACGGGCCCUGAUCCAGCGUGGGCCCUAUGGGGACCUACUGAAGUUCAGGGGACCCGAACCCUCAGCAGGUUACAUGGGCACCGCUCCCAUGGACGGCUGCUGCCGCGUUGCCCUGCUGCACUCUGCCAGCUGCUCCAGCCCCGAGCCUGAGGCCCGCUCCCCGGCUGGCACAGACGCAGCGAUGGCAGGCGGCGAUUACAGCGGCUCAGCCGGACGUGGCUCAGCCCUGCAGGCCGCUGGCUGCCGGAUAACGAAGCUGGAUCUACUCAUUAGAGGCCUGAGAUGCGUGGGCUCCAGCUGUGCCCAGCCUGUGGCCAGCCAGCGCAUCCACACACCAGGGCAGCAGGACCCCGCCCCCGGCUACGAUUCAUCCUCCAGCAGCCAAACUUGA